AUGGCAUCUAUCGUGACUAUCGAUGAUCGUGACGCCUCCAUACGGUACAGUGGGAGCUGGAUAACGAGUGGAACCUACCCCGAGUACAAGAACACUACUUCCGCUUCGACUCAGAUCGGAGACACCGCAACGUUUGCAUUCACAGGCACAUGGGUCUCAGUAUACGGAACUACAGGGUGGACUAGCACCAACGGGGUGCCUACGACUCAGUACACUGUCGACGGAGGGUCGCCAGUUUCGUUUACGGCUCCGAACGUCACUGGGUUUCCCCUGUAUCAUUAUCAGAUGUUUGCAUCUGAUGCUUUGAACGACACGACACAUACACUGGUUAUCAAAAACACGAGCCCGAGCUGCCCGUGCAAUACGUGGUUUGACUUCAUCGAAUAUAUCCCGUCACAAAGUAACUGUAUGGCUGUGGUCUCCUUUGUUUGA